AUGCUUGACACUACUCCUGCUGCUCUUGCAGUGAUCAAGCCUCAUAACACAGAUGCUCUUUCUGUCAUAAAUCUCGCUGAGGAGUUUCAGAGACUUCAGCACGAGUGUGUCAAUAUUUUUGGAGUGAAGUUCGAACAAGCCAUUCAGAGCAAACUUCUCGAGCAGAGAAAGGCUCUUAUUCGCCAUCUUGAGUCCAUGUUCUCCGAAAUCAAUGGCAAUCCCAAUCGUAAAAUUCGAGAAACAAACGCCAAAUUUGGUCUCACCUUGCCACUCGAGGAGUUGAAGAAAGUUUCUGCAUCAGAUAUCGCUGAGCACGAUCGAGGAUUUAUCACCGCUGAAAGAGAGCGUGUUGCUAUCCAGAAGAAACAUUUGAAGGAGCGUUUAGAAGAAAUUAAACUUGAGAUUUCAUCCGCACUAGGGAUCACCGUCAGCGCAGAUCCAUCCUCUCUUAGCCAACCUACCGAGAGCUCGGAUGAUAAAGCCGCCAUUUCGCAGCCCCUUGAAGACAACCGCUUUUUCCAGAACGAACUCGAUGACUCGAAACAAACCCUGAUCAAACUCAAAGCUGAAAAGAAGCAAGACAAAACGAUUAUCGAUAAAUUGCAGACCCGCAACCACAAAUUCCGACCAGAAAAUGCCACUCUCAAAGAAGAAUUGAAACAACUCGAAGAAAAAGUCGUACACCACAAAGUGGUCGCGAACUCUUGUUCUCGUGUCCGCCACGGAUCUUCCCAUACUGCACGCCAUUUCCGCGACGAUGACGGAUUCCAUGACAUCAAAGGCCGUGCUCCAGCCGACAGAAAGGUAAACGAUGCACGCAAUGAUGCGUGCCACAAAGGAGACAUCGCAACCGAUUUUGCGCUAUUCAAGAUCGAUCCAGAUCGUGCUGGUUGGAAUAUUGGAGGUGGACGUUAUGUAGACUUCACCAAUUCGCAUCGCGUCACACCACACGAAUGGGGAACGAUAUACUCACUCUCCGAAGCUGGCCCCGAUCGAGUUAUUCUUGAAGUUCUCAAUUCGCAUGCUACAAUGUACCGUUGUGACUUCAACACGGAGUACACCCACAGCCCCGAGAAUGAUGAAGCCUUCAAUGUCCUCUUCGCAAAGUUUUUCGACAGAUUCAAGUCUCCGUUUGUAAGCACAAACUUAUUCCUAUCGGCCAAACGAUAUGAAAACCUUGUAAUCUUUGUCAAUCAGGCUGUGAACGAUCGGAGGGCAAUGAGGGAAAUAGUUGGGGGAAACCGUUGCACUCGAGAAAGCUAA